GAAACGAAUGGAAAUUUUUUAAAAGUAACUGUUCCGAGUGUUUUCAUGUAUUUCUAUACAAAGAAUAGUAAUGGCAAGAAACCAAGCACAGGGCAUCGUCGUCUGCCAGAUGUGUCCAAAUCCCGUGGAAAAUCAUUGUAACCUUUGUCAUGUUGACCUUUGUUCUUCAUGCAUUCUAGAGCACAUGAAAGACAAGACCAAGAGACACGAAAUUGUCGAGUUCAUCAACAGAAAGAAAGGAUAUGUUCUACCUGAAUGCAACUUACACAAGAAAACGCAUUGUGAAAUGUUCUGCAGAGAUUGCCGUAUACCAACUUGUGUAUUUUGUGUUACAACUAUUCACAAAAAACAUGACAUUAAAGGUCUUAGAGAAAUUAUCGAGAACAGAAAACAACAAAUAGUUGGCGAUUUAAAAGAACUGGAAGAUGUCAUUGUUCCAGCAUACAAAAACGUCACAACGGAUUUAUCUUCUGCUGAAUUAGAUAAAGUCCUCACUGCCAUACAGGAUCACGAAGAUGAAAUGUGCAGGAUGGCCCAUGAUAUUGGCAACCAAAUGCGGGAUGAGGUUAUCAAGCAAAAACGAACAUCUGAGCAGCAGAACAGAGAAACGUUGUCUAUGGCAGCAAUACUUGAAAAGGAACUGCAUAAAAUUAUCAACACCAGCAAAAGCAUUCUAAAAUCAUCUGAUGCCACAUCAUAUCUGAACUAUGAGUCCAGGAAUGAAAAAUUUCGGAAUGGGUUAAAAAAGAAUGACUUGCCCUGUCCAAUUUUUCUUUCCUGGUCGGAUUACACAAGAGCAGUUUCUGGGUAUUUUUGGAGGACUAAAAAUGUCAAAGAAAAUACUAGAAACCCCGGUCAAUUUAGGUAUCAUUCAAAGCCCUUGCGGAAGUAAUCGGGGAUCGAAACUAUGGAACGUAGUGUGUGAUGAAAAAGAUAAGAUAUGGA